AUGCUCGGACGGUUGUUGAGCACCGCAGCGUCCACGUUGAAUCCUGCGGCCUAUUCCACCAAAAAUGCCCACCAGCUUGAAUCCGUCACGGAAGAGGAGCACACCUCUGGCCUCUUAUUUCCCGAUGCGAGCCUUCUCCGCCAUUCGAACACCUAUGCAUACCCCCUCCACACUACCGUGAAUUCUCCGAAUGCCUCGUCGGCAGGUGCUUACGAUGACCGAGGGGUUGGGGUGGACUUGGACCCAAUGAAGGACUUUCGUGUCAUCAUUGCCCAGAAUGCCCUAGGAGACAAAGAUGCUUGUGUUUUAUUGGAUACUCGCGCAUCGGAGACAAACGCUCAUGGUCUGGGAUUGGAUUCUCCGCCAUUGGACAGCUCUGGUGCAAGACAUGCACGGACGGUCUCGACUCUCUCCCGAGGGGCUCGUCGAGGGUAUUUGUCUCAGGCACCGGUGGUCGACCCCAGUCCAUUUUCACUCGCCACGGAAACACGCCGUUCUCCGCCCCUCUCCUCCGGCGCUUUCAUGCGUGCCCGUGGCCGCAGCUCGACUCUUGCACCUGCCGGCAGCUUUCAUGAUGCUGGUAGCUCGCGCCACUCAGCCGACUCUAAUGACACGAGCCUCUUGAAUUGCAUAUUUGGCAGCAGUGCUUUCAGCUAUCGGGGUUCUUCGACGAAGAUGCACAUCAUAUCCGCCGAUGAGGAACCUGGAAAGGCCUCGACCACGAACCAAACAACCCGCAGUCACAUGUCUCGGGCACAUACUACUGGAAGCCCAGAUCUCGCAAGCCCCAACUCCCUCAACGAUUCCAAGCCGCCAUCCAAGGUGACUAUUCUCUUAACGAGAAUGUUCAGCGUCAACUUGCCGGAGACUGGUGAUGCAUCCCCUGACAAACCAGAUAUGCCGGCAUCCUACUAUCAAGAAUCCUUCGGUGACACCGGAUUUCCUUUUCCCGACAUCACCAAGCGCAAGAAGAUCAAGGAAAAGAAGACCCCAAUGUAUGCUGUGGCGAUUACGAUUCAGAUUCCGCUUUUGGGUCGCAAUACUGGCCGGCCCGUCUCCCGGUUUAGCACCCAGGGUGCAGACUCGCCCAAACCAGGAAUGUCUUGUUCGCUGGAUUCGGAUUAUCGUUGGCGCCCUAGUUUUCUAGAUGAUAGCCUAUCAAUGGCAUCGCCUCCGGCUAGUUUGGAUGAGCGGAUUGAUCUGUUGGUGGAUCAAUGGGACGUCAUCAAUCGUGCCCUUUCGCACUUAGAGCGGCUUUCACGAAAGGAACUUCUUUUCCUCUUGAAAAAGGUGGACGCGUCCUCUGGUGCGCAUCCGAAGCCCGCGAAAGCCCCUAACAUGCAACGCACGAACCAGACCAUCAUCCAUUUGCCGGCAAAUAUAUUGUCUGUGAAUUCGAAGCUGAAAGAGGAGGCUAUUCGAAGCACUCGUCGCAUCAGUACCGCGCUGCAAACCCCGCAUGUUGUGACUGGACAGAGUCGGUGGGGAGUUUGGCGCGAGGAAGGUCGGUCGAUUGUCCGCAGCCUCGGAGACAAAGAGCACAGUUUCUUCUUCUUGGUUCUCAUUACGGCUUUUCUGGGGAACCACACCGAGUGGCUCAAUGUACUAGGUCCGGACUGGUAUCGCCGUCGACACUUUCUUCAGCAGAAAGCCCAGCAACAGGAGGCGGAUCCCAUUCUCGCAAAUCGCACCGUCAUCAUUUCACCAGACAAAAUGACGGCUCGUCGUUUGAUAUUUCUGCUAGCUGCAUUUCUCCCACCGAAGCAGCGUUUUGAGCCGCUCCCUUCCCCCCUCCGGCCUGGUACAUCGGCUUCUACGCGCGCAAUCUCACAAAGCCCCCCCAAUGUACCUGUCCUCCGGCAGGAGUCCCUGCGAAGAGCCAUCGAACGGCGGUCACGCGCACAACGUCUCACUCUCAAUGAUCGAGAUCAACACCAACGGUCCGUCAGCGUUUCGUCUACUGAGACUGCGCACCGCUCGGCGGAUGAGACUGACACCGUGGGGCCGAUGGACACGAGCUCACGCCGGAGAGGAUCUGAUGCACGUUCCAUUCGCACCAUCGCCGUGCCCAUGCAUGCAAAGGAUCCUCGGAUCAGUAAAAAUGCCGGGGUGGCCACGACGUCUACUGCCACUCCCAGCACGACUGUGCCGGUGCCACACUUUGCCUCUCAGAGCCGAUCCGAGCGGGAGAGAGCGGAUCCCGCUGUGACUGAAGGUAAUGAUAGCCUGGCGUCUGAGAACCUUCUCAAGAACUUGCGAAGAAGCGAUAGCUCCGCGAUUUGUACCAACAAUAGUCUCCCAUCUACUGGUGGCCGAUGGGGCAACCUAUUCUCUGGCCUGUGGACUCGUCAGGAUUCAGAACCGGCUGCCUCGCAGGUCGAAGCCCGCCAGCGCUCCGUCUCCGUCUACGCAGGUCCUCCAAAACGAGGGCCUCCUACCCUUUCCCAAAUGGUCAAAGAAGCAUCGGUUCCUAUGCCGAAGGAUCCUGUUCCGGGCACGUCUACUAGUGGUAACAUUUCUAUCCCUCACUCCUCAAGUUCUCAGCGUCUCGAAGAAGACACACCCGAUCUUUCUUCGACGACUGAUCAAACUAGAGAAUCUUCCCUGAAGUUAUCCGUGCGCGGGGAUGAUGGAGUUGUUGAUGUGGACCUUCCGCUACCUGGAUUCGUUUCCCUUUCUUCGUCCGGCGACUCCACCAUCUCCUCUCCAAAGAAGACGCGUACGUCAGUGACUAGUGUUGAUGCCUUGGCUUCCACACACAGCAGCAGUUCUGGGUUCCAUGGCCCGCUUAGAGACAGUGAUGGACCGGGUGUGAAUGUUGCUGGCUGGUUGAAGAGCUUUCACGAGGAUUUCCUGCUUCAAGCGGUCCGUCCGUAUGCCAAUUUAGAGGCCGAUAUUAAGCGUGCCAUGCAGGCAGAACCAACACCGAUUCCGUCAUCUGGGGAUAUGGAUGGGUCGGAAAGAUGGGUCGAUGUCGCGACGACACUGGUUGCGGACGCCAGAACAUUUACCGUCAAGCGACUGCGUCUGAGGCGCAAGGUUGUUGGUAAUGCUUGGCAGACUCCGUCUUCACCCUCGGUGCUAUCCCAUCCAUCAACUCCGAGACACAUCCCGGGAGGCUCUACGUCUGCUUCCCAAUUCACAAACUUCUUUACACCAGGGACCGGCUCCAGCAGGACCUCCGUCCAUUCCAUUCUUGAUGGAUACGAUCCCAACGAAGUUGAGGAACGUUUCGUCGAGGAGCCCGUCAUGGAUCUGGAUGGCACCUUAGUUGAUGCAUUGGAACGGGUCCUCGCCCAGAGUGGACCCUCCUCGCUAGCACCCACGCGGGCUCCAUCGCCGUCCCGAGCUCGCAAGGGAGAUGACAAAUCUACAUCGGACACUGCGAGUAGGGAUGAAGUGCCUCCUCUCGAAGUUCCCCGUACAGAAUGCCGCAAGCUGGUGUUAGGCGCCUUGGAAGAGGUUGUUCGCAGCGUAACUGCCGAGCACUGCCGCGAGGAUGUCGACGGUGAACUUGGUUUGGCUGAUCGAGAGCGCAAGCGAUCGUUGGCUGGACCGGAUAACACACUGAGAGAGGGAGUGCGCAAGUGGCUUCUUGAUGUCGAAGAAGCAUGGUAA